CGUGCCUGAGUUUAUUCGAAUAUGCCUUUCGUAACUAUGUGGAUUUUUGUUGUUAGAACAGACAAGCAGCAAAGUACCUUGGUUAAGCUUGUACAUAUUCAGUGCCUCCAAUUUCGCCUGAAAGCAGUACUACAUUAGCCUAAAAUAUAAAAUUUUACUGUGUUACUCAGCUGUUAUUAUAUUAAAUCUGCCUACUUUUGUUUAUUUCGCCUAUGUCUAAUUAAUUUCAGUACAGUGACUUCUUUGCAUUUCAUUUAAACAGAGCAUUUACUAUUGGAACACUCAUGGAGAUUUGUUGCUUGUCUGCUGGAGCCAGUGAUUUUCCACUUGAGGAUCGGUGUCAUCUAUUUUGCAGAAUCAUGAAGCUGUUCAUGUAUUUUACCGGUCAGUUUCCAGAUUUAUCGCUUCUGAUCCCUCAAAAUGGACCGAAAACAGAACUGCAUUUAAAUAACUUGCACCCAAAACAACUAAAAGUUUUACAAUCAUUGCUUGAAAUUGAAUCUCAUCUAUUUGCGUCUAAAUCAGAGUCUAUUCUAUAUUUCCUCAUCAUGAUGGGUGGUCUACCAAAUAAUCCAAAACAUGCAUUUCUUGUUGAUCUUAGUCACUUUUACCCUCGUACUACAGAUAUUAAGAAAACAGAAACAGUUAUAUUCAGAGAAUUUUUUGAAUCCCUUAUGAAAAUUCCAUUUUUUGAUAAUCUUUUUGAGUGUUUUGAACCCACACGCACCUACUUAUAUAUUUGUGCAUCAAAGGAUUUCUCUUCAUCCUGGUUUCUACCUCGAUUGCAAUUUCGCCUACCUCGAAUAUGUCCUGUUUAUGUAGUGAAAGUUGUUCCUGAUGUUUCACAAUCGUUUCCAGUCAGUGAGGUGACUGAAAGUUCACUUACACAUCAAGAAUUACACAGAGUCUUGUAUGAAUUACCAUCCGAAUUACGAUGGUAUGCUUCUCCGCUUGUUCUUAAUGGUGUUAAGCCAUGUUGAACUUUGUGUACACAUAAAUAGCACGAAAAAUUUGUAUGCUGUACAACAGUAAUGUAUCGAGAAUUUUAAAAUCAUAGUCGUUGUACAUAAUCUUGUUCAUUAUGUCGUUAAUGUAUAUAUUCAGUUAAAUUGUACUGUAAACUAAAUCUUUAUAAAUAUACGCGCAAAUAUAUAUCCU